GAGGUGUCCCUCUGGCGGUGUCUCUCCCAAGCGGAGGGGUCCAUCGGGUGUGCUGAAUACUACUCCAGGAUUAUGUUACGUAUCGUGCCGCAUUAACUGCGAUUCUCCGUGCAUCUCCGCCGAGGAAGGAGACGAGUAGGAGGAGGAGGAAGAUCUUAUAAUGCAUCGUUUCUGAAAAGCACAGAGACGAGUAACGAUGACUAAAGACACUGAGAUUAUUAUAAUGUAAUUUAUGUACAUCAGAACUAAGAUCUACCUUUUCCUCCAUUAUGCUCGUUCUGGGAGUGUUUACUUCAAUUGGAAAUCGCUCAACCUCAGUAGAAAUCAUAUCCAUCAAUCGCGGAUGAAUUCUCGAUAUAUUUGUUGCAAAGGCCUAAAAAUAAAAUGGUGAUAGAUUAGUGAUGUGCCUUUAUCUUCGGUAUUUCAAUUUUACUAUGACAGGGACAUCUUGACACAUUUUGAAGAAAAGAGUGUAUGUAAUAAAUAUAAAUUUUUCAACGGUGCGGUUAUACAUACUGAAAGAUGGAUAGUUCAGAGUAUGAAAUGGUCAGAAACAUGACUCUCCUCUUCUUCUUUGAAAGACUGAUGGAUAAGGGUGGUCCGCGGACGUUGCACGACCUAAGUUGUCAGUUCGGCGCUAAGGGAUUCACGAAAGAGAUGCGUCAGAUAGCGGGAGGAUCGCAAAGUGGCCUUAAAAAAUUUCUAGCGCAGUAUCCGGCGCUAUUCUUGAUCGACGGCGAAUACGUGUCCGUUAACACGUUUCAACCGGUUGUAGAAGAGGAGAGCGGGAAUAAAUCGGGUAAACGUGACUACGCCCGCGAGGCCGUGGAAUACUUCACGAAUAAGCUGUUGCAAUACGGAGCGGGUACCGAGGUGCCUAUCAAGAGCCUCCUAGGUCAUCGAUCGCAAGCUUCGCCGGAAGUCAGACACAUAUCCGGUCAGCAUUAUAAGGAAUUUCGUGAUUUUCUCUUGAAGUAUCCCGACGCAUUUGUAAUUAGCGAAGAUAAUGUAAUAUUGAAGCAAUACGAAGGCAUGAAGCCAGAGCCCUUUCACGAAUUGGAGCCGGAUAUCCCGAUAGAUCCUGAGGUCACGGCGAAACUGUUGGACUUUUUCUGCAUGUGUAUCGAGCAGAAGGGUCCGAUUCUUAUAGAUCAGUUAUUCAGUAUGGUUAAUGAGAAGUUCUCCCACGAGAGUUGGACGAGUAUAUUCAAGAUGCCGCAGGAUCUGUCUACUUUUAUAAAAAUGUUUCCAGACGCUUUCCAUGUGCAAACAAAUCUGGUGACGUUAAUAGGCCGACCGAAAUCCUCGGUAAUGGAACCUGCGACCGCGAAAACAAAGACUACGAGCGGCAGUCAGCGAAAUCAGAGCAACAGUGUAGCUCACACGAACAAUACGGUGUCAAUUGUUCCGCCGAGCAAGAUUCAACUAUUUCAAUCACCUUCGGAGCGUUUGGAAAACAUCUGCAAUAACACUACGUCUCACUCCAAUUCGUCACAAAACGCGUGCACGUCGCCCGCUGAAAGCAAUAAUAAUUCACCGCCCGUGAGUUUGCAGCAGCAGUCGCUGAAGCAGAGGUUUAAUACGAUCGUUAUGAGAACUUUGGCGGAUAACACGGAACGAGAUCGCAGUCUGCAAACCGCCCAGAUGGGUGACGCGUGGAAAUUGAAGGUACUACAACAAACUAGGGUAAUAGCAACCUCGCGAGAAAGUCUUCAAGUUAUAGAGGAUAUAAUAAAUCCUCGAAAACCACCCCCUGACGGCAAGGUGAUCAUUUCCUUCGAUUGCGAAGGCAUAAAUCUUGGCGUUAAGGGACAGCUGACUCUUGUACAAAUCGGUACAAUGAGCGGUCAAGCGUACGUGUUCGAUUUGGUCACGUGCCCGAAUCUUAUUCAAGCUGGGGGUCUUCAGAAGCUGCUGGAACAUCCUCACGUUAUUAAGGUUAUUCAUGAUUGUAGGAAUGAUAGUGUCAAUCUAUACAAUCAAUUUAAGAUUACGUUAACGAACGUUUUCGACACACAGGCUGCGCAUGCAGUGCUUCAGUUUCAAGAAACGGGAAAGCCUGUGUAUAAAGUUAAAAAUGUUAAUUUAAACACUCUAUGCGAUCAUUAUGGUGCUCCGUGUAAUCCGCUGAAGGAACAAUUAAAAAACAUUUAUCGUAAGGAUCAACGUUAUUGGUCUCGAAGACCCAUGACUCGCGACAUGUUGAUUUACGCGAGUAGCGAUGUUUUAAGUCUUGUACCUCAAGUUUAUAACGCUAUGUCUAGACUUAUAAAACCAGAAGUACAAGAUCUUUUUGCAGAGCUGUGCGAAGAACAGAUUCAGAUGCAUAUAAGACCGUCGGAUGUAAAAGCGCGCAAGAAGCAGCGGAAGGUUGAAACCGAAGUAGCGGAUCUGAAAAAGAGAAUGGAAGAAGCAACGAGUAAAAAUAUUGUACUGAGUAAUCGUGAAAUUCGGCUUCUUCGCUAUUUGGAUCUUACAGAGGAUGAAAAGGAAAAGCUCAAAGGAAGUUACAAAGUUGCUAGAAAAUUGGAAAAGUUAGAGAAUAUGGGCCAGGACAAGGCUGAUAGCAGUGAUGACGACGAUGAGGAUAAAACAGACGAUCAUGAAUAUCAGAGCUUGGAAAGCUAUACGUCGGAAAAUUCUCAUUCUGGUGGCAUAUUGUCGCCACGAAACGCCGAUACACCAAGUUUAACUGAGUCAAUGCAAAUGAUGGACGAAAUACUCUCGGAUGGUCGGAUGGACAAACUGGAGAAAAUUGAGAAACUGGAAGCCAUACUAUCAGCUGUUACUAGCUCCGCAACUGACCAGCUUUCCGCCAAUAAUGCGGAUGCAUCGCCUAUCAAGUGUGUCUGCAUGUGUCAAGACAAAACCGAUAGUCCGCGGACGGUUCGCCAGGCUACUGGAACUAGUGUGGCUUGUCAAACGCUUAGCACAGGUGAUAUAGUAUUUACUAGGGUCUUUGUCAGCGAAGAGGAGAAAGAGAGAGUAAGAUUAUUGAAUUCGCCAAAAAAGUAGGUAUUACAGCUGCUGUGAAAGUAGUAGAAAAGUUGCCAUUUAUACGUUUUUUUAUAAAACGAAACGCGAUUGCAUAAAAGAAUUAAGUAGUUAAAAUUUAUCUAUUUUAUGUAAUAUAUAUAUAUAACAAAAUUCACAUAGAGCAGAACUGACGAAACUCACAGAAUAUUCUCUGGCGUGUCUGCUCUUUUGAAAAAAGUGUCUUAAAUGGAUAGGCCUUGUUAUACAUGCUUUUCCAGAUCUGAUAAUAUAAUGAUCAGAUUUUUGGAAAAAGGUUAUUCAUUUUCAUAUGAUGAUAUCGUGUAUUCAUUAUCUACUUGAAGAUUAUCUUUCUUUUACGAGCGUUUAAGAAAGACCGAAUCGUUUUAAUGACGAAAGUAAUAACAAAAACGCGAACAAGGUUUUAAUAGCUACAGAUUUUGUGAUUUUUACAACAAUUUGCGGCUUUUCAUGUUUAUAUAUAAAUCUCGGAAUAAAAUUUUAAAAAAAAUUUUUUAAUUAUUAUCUCUUCAAGAUAAAAAAUAUAUAUAUAUGUACAAAUAUCAACAGGAGAAUCAUACUAUCCAUAUAAGGGUAACGAUUGCUAACGUUUUUAAUAGCGUUGCGAAAUUAAUAGAACGCAUAUCCUUCGUGCUUGUAAAACACUUUUUAUGUGAAGUACUGCAUUAAAAUCGCUAAUUUUUGAAUACUGUACGGCCUAGUUUGCGUCACUUAUCGAAAGAAAUAAAUUAUCGGCAGUAAUGGAGCACAACAGCAGCUAUCUAACAAAAAAUGCUUUCUCCUACGUGAUUUAAGCUUAUGCACGCAAAAUAAACUUAUGCAGAUCUCUUCCUUACAUCGAUUACAGACAACUUAUUUUCGUAUAUAGCUAUACAAGUGCCAAUUUAAUAUAGAAUAUGUACAAUAAAUGGAUUAUUACAUUUUAUAUUUCUAUUUAAUUACAUGCUUGGUGAAUAAUUUAUGCUCGCACUUCCAAUAAACGAUAAAUAAUCUAUAGUAUUAAAUAAGAUAAACAUAUAUUCGUGUUAUAAAUCGUGUUAUAUAUUCGUAUCGUAUAGAUCUGCAUUUAUACUCUUCUAAUAACAUAUCAUUAACAAGUAAACUGCCAGCACAAGAGAAGUGACGAUUUCAAAAAACCUAAAUAAAUUGUCAUUGUUAAUUGUCAGUGUUUUUAGUGCAAUACUUUACACAUGGACAAAAAAAAUAUACGUUUAAUAUCGAUCGCGUAAUCCUAUUUUAACAUUAAAAGCAUACUAUGAAGGUAUAUAGCCGAAAGACAAGUUAUGUAAGCGAAUCAUCGACACAUUCUCAUUUAUUAUCAAUCGAGAGGCUCAACUAGUAUCAAAUUGUUCGACUAUCUUGUAUACACUAAUCAUAAAGUACGCUAGAAGCUACUGUAGUAUACCUACAUUUCUUUGAUCUAAUCAAAACGCCGACUACUAGCAAUAUUUUUUAUAAAAAUUCUUGAGAAUGUGAGACAAGUACAUCGAGUGUUCUCUAGUACUUUGACUUAGAUAUUUGAUUAGUAUAUUUUGUUAUAUAAUUGGAAGGAAAAUUAAUAAGAAAAUAAUACUUAUGUAAGGACAUCCUCAGUUGGAGGAAUGCGUAACUGCGUUGUUUCUAGAAAGUGCAAUUUAGUUCAUCGCAGAAAUAUAUUUGGUACUCAAAUUAUUUCGACAUUUAUUUGCGUGCGUUACUUUAUAUCAGGAUAAUUUUGCACGCAUUUGUUCGAUAAAGUCUCGAUAUAGAGAAUUUUUAUUUGUGAGAUACUCUAUGCUCUAUAUAUAAAUGAUAUUUAGGACAAAAAUUUGAUGAGAAUAUAAAUCUCUUGUAAGAAUGUAAAACAAUCGUGUACAUCCUUAGGUUUGGGUUUAAUUUUAUUCAUGUUAUAAUCUUUUCUUUUUAUUUCUAUAAUAUUAUGAUAUAAAUUUUUAUAAAUAUAUAAUGUCAAGUUAUAUAUUUAUAAAUAUAACAGGUAUAUAAAUUCUUCUAUAUACUGACAAUCUCAUUCAUAUUUUUAUUUCUUGCAAUCAUAUAUUUACUUUCAAAUAAUCAUGAGAUUAUUGCAAGUUCUAACUAAAUUAAUUUUGUUCAUUUCAAUUAUUAAUGACUUGUUAAUUAUGGAUGAAAAAAGUAAGAUUACACACACCUUUAUUUUUGAAAUUAGUUAUCAAACUCAAUUCAUUUUAUGACUAAAAUAAGUACUAACUAUUGACAGAAGAAUUGUACAAUAUUUGCAUGAUGAUAGUAGUUUGCAGAUUUAUUGACUAGUUUGCAAUGUGAUUCACCCUGAUUUUCAUAAAGGGAAAACGUUAUUUAAUGCCAUUUUUUUGUUUAUGUACAUUUUAUUUUCUAAUUAUCUGGGUGAUUCGACUUUUAUUAGUAAUGCUAUAAGAAUGGAUUAAAAAGAUAUUAUCCGAAUUAUUUUGCAAUGCAUUUAUAUCAAGUCGAAUAAUAUUUAUAC